CAGGUAGCGAUGUUCCAGCCGAAUUACCAUUUUUCGUUUCAUUUUUGUUAUAGUUUUGCAAUUGGUAAAGCAAAUGAUGCAGCGUAUGGGAAAUGCAAAUGUUCCAAAAUGUCCGGAAGGCAUAAUUUUAGGAUGUGGUAAUUCACUCUUAGAUAUGCGAGUUGAAGUUAGCCCUGAAUUUUUAAAAAAGUGGAAUUUGGAAGAGAAUAAUGCAAUAAUAGCAUGUGAUGAACAUAUACCUAUGUUUCAAGAGUUAUUGGAUAACUAUGAUAUAACCUACACACCUGGUGGUGCUACACAAAAUUCACUUCGUGUUUGUCAGUGGAUAUUAAAUGAACCGAAUCGUGUAGUAUUUUUUGGCUGCAUAGGAGAUGAUCGGUAUGGUAAUAUCUUAAAAGAAAAAGUCCGACAAACAGGCCUUAGGGCAUAUUAUCAAGUGAAGAAAAAUCAGAAGACAGGGACAUGCGCUGCUCUCAUUACUAAUCAACAUAGAUCUCUUUGUGCUCAUCUUGCAGCAGCAAAUUCAUUCACAAUAGACCAUUUGGAGCAACCAGAAAAUCGUGCCUUAAUUGAAACGGCUCAAUAUUUUUAUAUAUCGGGAUUCUUCUUAACCGUAUGUCCGGCAGCUGUUAUAUCCAUUGCUCGACAUGCUAGCGAAAAUAAUAAAGUAUUCGCCACAAAUUUAGCAGCACCAUUUAUUCUAAAAGAUUUCCGGAAUGAAUUUUUGGAAAUAUUACCGUAUGUGGAUAUUUUGUUUGGCAAUGAAAGAGAAGGUCGAGCAUUUGCAGAUGCAAACAAUUACAAUACGCAUGAUUUGCAACAAAUAUGUGUUAAAAUUGCAGCAUUUCCGAAAGUUAAUGAAAAGCGACAAAGGAUAGUUAUUCUAACGCAAGGACCUGAUCCAACAUUCGUUUAUCAAAAUGGUAGUAAUGCUGUUGCAGAAUAUCCAGUAAUAAAAUUGAAACAUGAAGAAAUUGUUGAUACAAAUGGAGCCGGUGAUGCAUUUGUUGGAGGAUUCCUAUCACAAUACAUUCAAAAGAAAUCGAUAGCGGAGUCGGUUAAAUGCGGACAUUAUGCUGCGGCAGCAAUAAUACGGCAAGAAGGCUGUACAUUUCCAUCAACUUGCCUUUAUCAUUGAAAUUCUUGUCUAAUUUUAAGACAAGAAAUUGUCGGGUGUACCGACCAUUCCCAAUUUUGUUAUUGGGAAUUCCCCGACAAAAUCCUCACCAACUGAAUGCCACUACUCUGUUAUUACCGUACUAUCACUUUGCGACAAAGGAAACAUGUUUAUGCUUUGGCAUCAAGCAGAUUUUGAAAAUUUCUUGCCCUCUUGAAAAGUUUUGGAC